GACAUUGUUUGGGGCAAUAAACUUCCUGCUUACCAGUCUUCGUCUUCUCUCUUUGCGACGUUGCGGGUUCUAUCGUUCAAGUAGUCAAGUAGUUCGCGGCAUAUUAAGAAUCAAGGCUCUAGAUAUAACAACUGGCGACGGGUUAAUUUAUCAAGAUGUCUAUUACCUUUGACCAAUUUGAAGCUUUUCUAGAGCGCCAUUAAAAACGACUUGAACAAUUCCAGAUGCGCAUGCUCGAAAAACUAACCCAGCAGAUGAACCUCAAUAAGAAUGGACUUACAGAUGUUUCUGCAAAAUCGCAUGCUGAUUGUAUCAUUGAUUCCAUUCACGAAUUUCAUUUUGAUGGUGUUGCUGGUGUAACAUUCGAAUCUUGGUACAAGAAAUAUGAAGAUGUAUUUAAUGUCGACCUAGAAACUUUUGAUGAUGCCGCCAAGGUCAGGGUGCUACUACGAAAGCUGGGUACCAUUGAACAUGAACGAUAUACUAAUUACAUUCUGCCCAAGAACCCAAGAGACAUUUCAUUCGAAGAAACAGUAAAAAUUUUGUCGCAAAUUUUCGGUGAACAGUCUUCCUUGUUCAAUAUUCGAUAUCAGUGCUUGAAAAUAGUAAAAGCCGGCAAUGAUGACUGGGUGCAACAUGCUAGCAUAAUAAAUCGCGAAUGUGAGCGCUUUAAACUAUCAGCAAUGACAGAAGACCAAUUCAAAUGUCUUGUUUUCGUAUGCAGCUUACAAUCUUCAGAAGACGCCGACAUUAGAACCAGAAUUCUAAGCAAAAUUGAACAAUGUCCAAAUAUCACCCUUCAAGAGGUGACUACUGAAUGUCAGCAUCUGGUAAACUUGAAGCAUGACACUUCACUGGUAGAAAAUAAUGGUCGACUACCUUAUGUACAGGCAGUAAGUGGGAAGCAAAAGCAGAACACAACCAUUAAGAAGCCUCCAUCCGCAUGUUGGUUUUGCGGAGAGCUGCAUUACAAAAGGUUCUGUCCAUACAAAAACUACCGGUGCACUAGAUGUCAGCUCAAAGGACAUAAAGAAACAUGUUGUAAGAAGAAGAUGCACCGUCGUUCAUCAAGUAUACAUUUCCGAAGACGUAAAAAUUGUUCAUCAAUCAACAGAAUAAUGGUAGCACGUACUAGAACAAAACAUAAUCGAAGAAAAUAUGUGACCUUAGAGAUAAAUGGGCGCCGUGCUCGUCUACAGCUUGACACUGCUUCAGAUAUUUCACUUAUCAGCCGCAAAACAUGGAGUCAUAUUGGCAAACCCUCGGUGCUCCCUACAACUCAGUUAGCACACAGUGCAUCUGGAGGAAAGUUAAAUAUUGUUGGAGAGAUAUACUGUCCAGUUAAAAAAGGGAAUGUACAGAAGAAUGUGAAAGUAUAUCUCACGGAAAGCCCGGGACUAGACUUAUUGGGACUGGAUCUAAUAGAAACUCUUAAGCUAGCAGAUCAUUCUAUUAAUAGCAUCUGCAGACGAGUGACUAUUGACAACUCCUCAAGGUGUAACCAGAAAAGUACCGUGCCGCAAAGACAUCACAACGUUUUUAAAGAAGAAUUGGGAGAAUGUACGAAGGCCAAAGCCUUAUUAAUCCUCAAACCUGGUGCUACUCCCGUUUUUCGACCCAAAAGACCUGUGCCCUACGCAGCUCUACUGAUGGUUGAACAAGAGAUAGAACGACUUCAAAAAUUGGGUGUCAUUGAGCCAGUGAAUUUCUCAGAAUGGGCUGCACCUAUAGUGGUAGUAAAGAAGACUAAUGGUAGCAUCCGUUUAUGUGCCGAUUACUCAACCGGGCUAAACGAAGCCCUAGAAACUCAUCAGUAUCCACUACCCCUACCUGAAGAUCUUUUUGCUAAGCUGAAUGGUGGUAAGCUCUUUGCAAAGUUAGAUUUAUCGGAAGCUUAUUUACAAAUUCCGGUUGCUGAUGAAUGUAAAAAUCUGCUCACCAUAAACACACACAAGGGCCUAUUCAGGUAUAAUCGACUACCUUUUGGAGUCAAGACGGCCCCAUCUAUAUUUCAGCAAGUGAUGGAUACUAUGCUACAGGAUGUUCCAGGUGCUGCAGCCUAUCUGGAUGAUAUAAUAAUUAUGGGAGUAGAUAAAAUAGACUUAGAAAAGAAGCUCGACCAGGUGCUGUCGCGAAUAGCCGAAUAUGGAUUUCGACUGCGUGCAGAGAAAUGUAAUUUUUGUAUGAAAAAGGUAAGCUACCUCGGAUUUAUAAUCGACAAAGAUGGCAGAAGACCAGACCCAGAGAAUACUCAGGCAGUGAAAACUAUGCCUAGACCUACGGACGUCCCUACACUACGAUCCUUUCUGGGACUAGUUAGUCAUUAUGGAGCUUUUAUUCCUAACCUUCAUCACCUGCGUGCCCCCUUAAAUAACCUUCUGGCGAAGAAUGUGAAGUGGGAUUGGUCUGCGGAUUGUCAAGCCGCUUUCGAGGAAAUCAAGAAAAUACUAGUCUCGGAUCUGCUGCUCACCCAUUAUGACCCAUCCUUACCCAUUGUAGUAGCAUCAGAUGCUUCAAACCAUGGCAUUGGAGCAGUUAUUUCUCAUAUCAUGCCAGAUGGAUCUGAAAAAGCCAUAUCGCAUGCAGCUAGAUCAUUAACUAUAGCAGAACGUAGCUACAGUCAGAUCGAAAAGGAAGCAUUGUCGAUUAUCUUUGCCAUAAAAAAGUUUCACAAGAUGAUAUUUGGACGCCAGUUCACCCUACUAACUGACCAUAAACCAUUGUUAGCCAUUUUUGGGUCGAAGAAAGGUAUCCCGGUAUACACAGCAAACAGACUUCAACGGUGGGGAACUACACUCUUAGGUUAUGACUUUAAGAUCAAGUACCAGCCCACUACUGAUUUCGGACAAGCAGACGCUUUGUCUAGACUGAUUGGUUCACGAGUAAAACAUGAAGAAGAUACAUUGGUAGCAGCAAUUGAGACGGAAGCAGAAGUACAUCGAGUAUUGGAAGACGCAGUCGAUGGCUUACCAGUCGCUUUCAAAGCUAUCAAAGAAGCUACGAUAAACGACAAGACAUUAAGAGAAGUUAGUGGUUAUCUCCUAACCAGGUGGCCAAACCGUCGUUUCCAAAGUGAGAUGCUACAAUAUUUCCGCCGACGAGACUCACUCAUGAUGGUCGACUCAUGUAUUAUGUUUGGUGACAGAAUUGUUGUUCCAAAAACAUUACGCCACAGGGUUCUGAAACAAUUCCACAGCGGCCAUCCCGGGAUCAAUAAGAUGAAAGCGUUAGCUCGAAGCUAUGCAUACUGGCCAUCAAUGGACCAUGAUAUAGAGCAAAAAUGUCGCAGUUGUUCGUCCUGUUUAGAGGCCGCAAAGAACCCAAAUAAAGCUGAACCGCAACCAUGGCCAAAACCAGACGGUCCCUGGCAAAGAAUACAUGCUGAUUUUGCCGGCCCAAUACAAGGCAGAAAUUACUUGGUUGUUGUCGACGCCUUCACGAAAUGGCCAGAAGUAUACGACAUGACGAAAAUGACGUCAGAGAGUACUAUAAGAAAAUUGACAGGUUUGUUCGCUUGUUUUGGGGUUCCUGAGAUCUUAGUGACCGACAACGGCACCCAGUUCAUGUCAUCUGUUUUUAAACGGUUUUGCACUGAAAAUGGCAUAUCACAUCUACAGUCUCCCCCGUACCAUCCUCAGUCGAAUGGCCAAGCAGAAAGAUUCGUGGAUACUAUAAAACGAGCUCAAGUUAAAGGGGGAGGAGAGGCCAUCCCAGAACAAGUAAUCAGCAAGUUCCUUUUGUCUUACAGAGUUACCCCCAAUCCGGCAGUACCCGAAGGUAAGUCACCAACCGAGGGUAUGUUCGGAAGGAAAAUUCGAACAAUAUUUAGCAGUAUGUUGCCACCCAGAAAGACAAGAAAACCCACGAAUGGAAACCAUAUGGUCACUCGUAGCUUCAAGGUGGGUGAAAGGGUACUCGUUAAAUCGUAUCAAGGUGGAAAAAGGUGGGAACCAGGUAUUAUAGAACGUCGAAUUGGAAGUGUAUUGUAUUUAAUCCGAAGAAAUGUCGGUACUUGUAUAAGACACAUCAAUCAAAUUCGAAGGGAUGGCAGAACAUGGAUGCCACAAAGCCAGCUCCCAUUUCAAUUGCUCAUGGAUUCGUCUCCAAAAAGCACCCAGGCGCGCGAAGGUAGAAAAGACAAAAGACGCAAGAGCAAGGCGACACAACCUUCGAGAGUAAUGAGUCGCAAGAGAAUAGCGGUAACUCAAUUCCAGGUGGAUCCGAGAAAAAGGAUUUAUACAACAGACUUUAAAGGGGGGAGGUGUGAGGAUGGUCCACAGGUGAAGUCGAGGAGGCUCUAGGAAGCCCAGGAAGAGCCGCAGACAUUCCAUCCAAUCAGGGCUAGGAGAAUGUUCUAGAAAUGCCAACGUGGAGCUUCCCCAUUGGAUGGAUUAGUUUGAUACCUAUGUGCUUAUUGGUUGACCUAAAUGAUAAUUUACUUUCAGCCAAUAACUAUAAAUACACGAGAUUUCAGUGUUAUAUUUUGACAUUGUUUGGGGCAAUAAACUUCCUGCUUACCAG